UGUGACCGUUUCCACUUCCUCUCGUUCUUCACUGCAGCUUUCCCUAGUCUCCUCUGCACUUCGAACCAUGGGCAGGGCUCCGCGUCUUCCCCCUUCUAUGCCGAGCUCAACCCUCGGUCUCACAAUCAACAAGGGACCUAAGGCAGGGGAAACCCUAGCGUGCAACCCAGGAACCGUAAUCCGCAUUGGACGAGUGGCAAGGGGAAACACUCUCGCCAUUAAGGAUCCCGGUAUUUCUCAGAAGCAUUUCACCGUUGGCUUUCUUCCUGAAUUCAAUCGCUGGGUAGUCACAGACCUCGGAUCCUCGAAUGGCACCCACAUUAAUGGCUCCCUUAUUUCCCCCGAGCAACCCUCCGCUCUAUCAGACGGCGACGUGAUCAAGAUCGGCGAGAACACCUCUAUCUACGUUAAUAUUUCCCCUCCUGUGCACCAAACGCUUGUGGUUCCUAGAUGUGAUCGGCCGCCGAGGCCGCCGAAGGUAAAACAUGAGGAUAAGGAGUUGGCUGAGGAUGAAGCGUCGAAGAUGGGACAUAGAGCGAGGGGGAGAGGAAGAAAGCGUGGAAGAUCUACUCGGUUUUCGACGAAAGAUGAGGUUUCCGAGUCGGUUCUGGUGGAACCUAGGGUUACGAGGUCUUCGGCUAGGGGUGGCUCAAUUAGGGUUUUUGUAAACAAGUCGAAAGAGGAGGAUGUUUCGAUUAUAUCAAAUUCAGAGUUUGUAGAUGUGAUGGAAAAGGAGAAGCAGUCAAAAGAGAAUAAUGCUAGAGUUGAGGAAGAGGUGGUAGCUGUGGAUGGAGAAAAUAAUAAUAGGGUUGAGGAGCUGAAGAAUAAUAUGGAUUCCACAUCAAAAGAGAACAAUGCUGGAGCUGAGGAAGAGUUGCUAACUUUGGAUGGAGAAAUUAACUCUAGGGUUGAGAAGCUGGAGGAUAAUUGGAAUAAUAUGACUCUGGAGGAAUGGUUUGAUAGAAUGGAGGAGUACUUGCCCAAGUCAAUACAUAUGGUUGCGGAGGAAUUAAUUGACAAAUUGAGUGAAAAAGCACAAUUCUUUGAUGAAUAUAUCAGUCAAAUUUCAAAUGUUCCAGUUGAAUAG